AUGUCUUUGAACGAGAAGUUUGAUGCUGCUGUCGAAAUUAUCCAGAAGUUGCCAAAAGAAGGACCCGUUAGCACCAGCAACGACCAAAAGUUAAAGUUUUACUCGCUUUUCAAGCAAGCCACUAUUGGAGAAGUUAAUACUGAACGUCCAGGCAUUUUCAGCAUCGUUGAAAGAAAGAAGUGGGACUCCUGGAAUGGAUUGAAGGGCACAUCACAAGAUGAUGCCAAACUAGAGUAUAUCAAAGUGUUGAAUGAAAUGUUCGAGAAGAUUGCCGAGGAGCUCGACAUCAAUGACUGGUUGGAGAACAAGUGUGAUCCUAUCAUCAAAACAAACUUGGCUAUAAUUGGAAAGUAA